AAAAAAAGUCGCAGGUGUAUUCCAGUCCUAAGCGAAGGUUGCUCUACGCUUUUUAUUUCUAUGGUUUUCUUCAUUAGUCAUGUUUUGUGACUCUAAAAGCGGAAGUAUAUAACCACAAGUGGGUGGAUCUUGACUGUCACCCCAGAAAGCGAGAAGGGGGGGGUCUUCCGGUUCCAAAAUGGCUGCGCCCACGAGGAAGCGGGCGAUGGCGCCCGAGAAAGAAGCAACAGCUGCAGAGCCCGCAGGCGGCCCGGACCUUCGUCGGACGGGGAAGCGGCGACUGGUGGUGAUCCUGGAGGGGGCGUCACUGGAGACCGUGAAGGUUGGGAAAACAUAUGAACUGCUGAACUGCGACAAGCAUAAAUCGUUGCUGCUGCGGAAUGGCCGGGACCCAGGAGGUGUUCGACCAGACAUCACGCAUCAAAGCCUACUGAUGCUCAUGGACAGUCCUCUGAAUCGAGCUGGUCUUCUACAGGUUUAUAUCCAUACAGAAAAGAAUGUCCUAAUCGAAGUCAACCCUCAGACAAGAAUCCCUCGAACUUUUGAUCGUUUCUGUGGCCUUAUGGUUCAACUACUGCAUAAAUUCAGUGUAAGAGCUGCUGAUGGGCCUCAGAAGUUGCUAAAGGUGAUUAAAAAUCCGGUGUCUGAUCACCUUCCCGUGGGCUGCAUAAAGAUAGGCACAUCUUUCUCCUCCCCUACAGUGACAGAUGUUCGUGACCUGGUCCCCACUACAGAUCCUCUGGCCAUUGUUGUGGGAGCUUUUGCGCAUGGCUCGGUUACCGUGGACUACACAGAGAAGACCAUCUCAAUCAGCAACUAUCCACUCUCUGCUGCCUUGACUUGCGCUAAGAUCACCACUGCUUUUGAGGAGAUGUGGGGAGUAGUGUGACCGCUCACCUGGCUUUUGUGCCGUUGAACUCAGUGUGCUAGCUCCAGGUUGUGGAGUUCAGCGUGUUGCAGGGUUCUACCUGUUGUAUCUCCUCCCUGUGGGAGUUCAGAUGGUCCUUUAUGUUUUGUGACAAAUAAACAUUUAAAAUUGA